GCGCGCAUACACACACACACACACACAUACACACACACACACUGACGUCUUUUGCGCAUUUCCUGCAUUAGACACACACACUCACUGGAGGAGAGAGAGGGAGGGAGAGAGAUCUAGAGACAGACCGAGAGAGCUAGGGGGAGCGAGUGUCAGAGGCCGAGCUAGAACGGAGGGAGGUGGGGCUUAAAGCCGAAAGCUCCUGGAGCCCCAGCCCCAGCAGCUCCUGGCGAGUACUGGGUUAGUGCCUGCCUGGCCUGUGAGGUGGAGCCCCAGCGGCGGCGGCGGCGGCGGCGGCUGCGGCGGUAGUGGCGGCGGCUGGAGCUGCAGCUGCAGCAGCGGCAGCGGCAACGGCACCAGCAGCAACAGCAAGAGCAAAACAGACCCUCGAAUACUGUGCGGAUGUAAGGUUCUUGGCUUUUGGCGUUUCUCGAAUACAGACUGAGGGUGAAGGAGAGCAACCAGAAGAAGGCAGCGAGGGGUUGGGAGGAAGCAGUGGGAGGUGUGUGUGUGUGCGUGUGUGUGUGUGUGUGUAUUUGGAGGGGAGGUGUGUGUGCAUGUGUAGUUUGGGGUUUAAAUUUUUUUUUCCUUAAGAGGAUCAUUUCCUAUCGCCAUGUAUUUCUCUUUAUAUAUAUAGCAUCCGAUAUAUAACAUCCCUCCUUUCAUCUGCACACACACACACACACACACACACACACACACACGUUCACACACACCCCUCCUCUCCUAGAGGCGCAGAAGCUGGAUUUGCAAGGAGGAUCCUGGUUGAAUUUUAUAUUGCAUCCCUCCUUCCCUUCCCCGUCCCUGCCCCAUUUCCUUAACUACCAAGCACCCCCUGCCAAAGUAAUAUUUUCCCGGGGAUUAUGCUUUUGAAAGGUAGGUAAGAGCCGGGCGCAGCGCCCACUCUCUCCCACCCCCCUUUCCACUGUCCUAGACACUGGGAGCAUUAGAGAGGCGAGGGUGAGCCUAUAUAGUGUCUAUAUUUAUUGUCAUUUUGCUUUAGGUGUGCUGAGGGAGAGGGGAGAGGUUUAUCCAAAGACGGACGUCCCCCAGCUCUCUCCCCAUCCCCAUCCCUACCCCCCUCCCCCUCUGCUUUCCGUUAGAAAUCCAGCGAGGAAAUACAUGCUCUCGCUGGGAAUCGCCAGAGCCAGGGCGAAGCACCACAAGGUGUAGGUAGGGUGUAGGCGUGUGUGUGUGUGUGUGUGUGUGUGAGUGAGUGAGUGUAAGCCUGAGAGGUGGGCGGGAGAGGGGGGACCCAGGCGUCCCCAUCCCUCCCGCCCCAAGAAGACCCCCACGGCACCAACCCCUCCUCCCAGCUCAGACAGCCCUUGUUUAUUUCUCGCUGAACUCUUGGGCUGAGUGACCCCGGCCCUUUGGCUCCCUAUCCCUACCCCCCACCCUCACUGGCCCACCUUCGACCAUGGUAGUUUUCAAUGGCCUCCUGAAGAUCAAGAUCUGUGAGGCCGUGAGCCUGAAACCCACAGCCUGGUCAUUGCGCCAUGCGGUGGGACCCCGGCCUCAGACCUUCCUCUUGGACCCUUACAUCGCCCUCAACGUCGAUGACUCGCGCAUCGGACAGACGGCCACCAAGCAAAAGACCAAUAGCCCGGCCUGGCACGACGAGUUUGUCACCGACGUGUGCAAUGGGCGCAAGAUUGAACUGGCCGUCUUCCACGAUGCCCCCAUCGGGUACGAUGACUUCGUCGCCAACUGCACCAUCCAGUUUGAGGAGCUGCUGCAGAACGGGAGCCGUCACUUCGAGGACUGGAUUGAUUUGGAACCAGAAGGAAGAGUGUAUGUGAUCAUCGAUCUCUCUGGGUCAUCGGGUGAAGCACCCAAAGACAAUGAGGAGCGAGUGUUCAGGGAGCGGAUGCGGCCUAGGAAGCGCCAGGGGGCUGUCCGCCGCAGGGUCCACCAAGUUAAUGGCCACAAGUUCAUGGCCACCUACCUUCGGCAGCCCACUUACUGUUCUCACUGCAGAGAUUUCAUCUGGGGUGUCAUAGGAAAACAGGGAUACCAAUGUCAAGUUUGCACUUGUGUGGUUCACAAGAGAUGCCAUGAGCUUAUAAUAACGAAGUGUGCGGGCUUAAAGAAACAGGAAACACAUGAUGAGGUGGGCUCCCAGCGGUUCAGCGUCAACAUGCCCCACAAAUUCAGUAUCCACAACUAUAAAGUCCCAACUUUCUGUGACCAUUGUGGAUCCUUGCUCUGGGGUCUCUUGCGACAAGGUUUACAAUGCAAAGUCUGCAAGAUGAAUGUACACCGGCGCUGUGAAACAAAUGUUGCACCCAACUGUGGGGUAGAUGCGAGGGGGAUCGCCAAAGUGCUGGCCGACCUGGGAGUCACACCGGACAAAAUCACCAACAGUGGCCAGAGGAGGAAAAAGCUAAUUCCAGGUGCAGAGUCUCAGCAACCAGGUCCUGGGAGCUCCCAAUCUGAAGAGGACCGAUCCAAGUCAGCGCCCACUUCCCCUUGUGAUCAAGAAAUCAAAGAACUUGAAAAUAACAUUAGGAAGGCCUUGUCAUUUGACAAUCGAGGGGAGGAACACCGGGCGGCGUCAUCAACAGAUGGUCAACUGGCCAGCCCUGGAGAGAAUGGCGAGGUCCGGCAGAGCCAGACAAAGCGGAUGGGCCUAGAAGAGUUCAACUUCAUCAAGGUGUUAGGCAAAGGAAGCUUUGGCAAGGUCAUGCUAGCAGAGCUCAAGGGCAAAGAUGAGGUGUAUGCUGUGAAGGUCUUAAAGAAAGAUGUCAUUCUUCAGGAUGAUGACGUAGAUUGCACCAUGACAGAAAAGAGGAUUCUAGCCCUUGCACGAAAACACCCCUACCUGACACAACUCUACUGCUGCUUCCAGACUAAGGAUCGCCUCUUUUUUGUCAUGGAAUAUGUAAAUGGAGGAGACCUGAUGUUUCAAAUUCAACGUUCCCGCAAAUUUGAUGAACCUCGGUCCCGAUUCUAUGCUGCAGAGGUCACGUCGGCACUCAUGUUCCUUCACCAACAUGGCGUCAUCUACAGAGAUUUGAAACUGGAUAAUAUUCUUCUCGAUGCAGAAGGUCACUGUAAGCUGGCUGAUUUUGGGAUGUGUAAGGAAGGGAUUUUGAAUGGUGUGACCACGACCACCUUCUGUGGGACUCCCGAUUACAUUGCACCAGAGAUCCUUCAGGAGCUGGAGUAUGGCCCCUCAGUGGACUGGUGGGCCCUCGGAGUGCUGAUGUAUGAAAUGAUGGCCGGGCAGCCCCCUUUUGAGGCCGACAAUGAAGAUGACCUCUUUGAGUCUAUCCUCCAUGACGACGUGCUCUACCCAGUCUGGCUCAGCAAAGAAGCUGUCAGUAUUCUCAAAGCAUUCAUGACGAAAAAUCCCAAUAAGCGACUGGGCUGCGUGGCAACGCAGAGCGGCGAGGAAGCCAUCCGACAGCAUCCCUUCUUCAAGGAGAUUGACUGGGUGCUUCUGGAACAAAAGAAGAUCAAGCCCCCUUUCAAACCUCGAAUUAAAACCAAAAGAGACGUCAAUAACUUUGAUCAAGACUUUACCCGGGAAGAACCAGUCCUCACAUUAGUUGAUGAAGCAAUUGUGAAGCAGAUCAAUCAAGAGGAAUUCAAGGGCUUCUCCUAUUUUGGAGAUGAGCUGCUCCCUUAAGAAGCUGCCCCAGGAUCCAUGAUUCAGGAGACUGCAGGAAGGGUUUCCAUGGAAGUAAAAUUUCCUGAGAUUCAGUAAUUCAUGAACUCCAUCUGCCAAGAGCCCACACCCCCCACUUACAACUCUAUUUAUUGUAUUCCCGUUCCCAUCUCCCCCAGGCUCAACCUAGCCCAGCCUGGCCCAUCUUCUAACUUGUGACCCAAAGGCACGCUUAAGUUCUGUCUCACCAAGGAACACAAAAUCACUUUGUCCCAGAAAUUGUAGAUGUAACACACUGCCGUAUUUUUUACCAUUUGCAAGCCUGGUUUCACUCCUGGGGUCCCUUGUCAAGGAUGCAAAUUUCAUGCUUUUUACUGAACAGGAAAAAGGAAGGAGGAAAAAGAGGAGAAGAACGAAAAAGAAGAAGAAGAAGAAAAAAUUAGCUACAUUUUUGGCAAUGGAGAGAUGGCAAAUCUCACUUCUCAGAAAUUUGUAUCUCAAGAAAGGAAUCACUAUUAUUUUUUUAAUGUCAAUUUGAUUUCUCAUUAAAUUGCUUUUGGAAUUAAGAGAUAUUUGAAAAAAUUCAAACUGGCUAAAGAUAAGAAACCUUGAUAUCAUGGCAGUAGUUAUUAAAGGGCUAAAAUGCAAUGAGAACCAAAUUUUCCAAAGUCAAUACAAAACAUUAUAGCUUUAGUAGAGGGGUCUUCGUAGGGGGUCUCUAUGUGCUUAUAGACUGAUGAACAUACAACAUUUCUCCCAACUAGUGAGAUUCUGCCUGAACACAUGUGCCAUUGGAGCGAGAGCCAAAAACACUGGUGAUCUAGGGAAAGCUCAGUUCCAGAAUUCUUUGCCUGGUUUUUGAUCCUAAUGAUUCUGCAUCAACUAUUUAUAUUUAUUUUUCACUGCAGUGUGUUACUUUUGCACACUUUUAUAAAAUCAUAGUACUACUAUGUUGUGUCGUGUGUGUGUAUGUGUGUGGUUUUUAAUUAACUGUAUAAAACUGAAUCUAAAGCCUCUGCUUUGGGAAGAAGCAGGAGAAAGCAAAACAUGGCAGAAGGUCAAGAUAUGUGAAUAGUGACCAUUUGGCGGGGUGCACGCAUGUGGCGGUAUGAAAUGGUAACUUAUGCAAAUGCCGCUAAAUGACUGUGAAGUUACCUCCUAUAGAUAUGCUAACAGUGUUAUGGACUUUGAUUUCCAGGUAUUCAUCCCCUGUGAUUUGUGUACUUUGAACGCAGAGGUCAUUUGAUUAUGUAUUUUACUGAACCCAUUGAGCAGCAAACAGAAUCCAUGUUAAGCAUUGUAUGUGGAUUUCCCAGCUGCCCCCCCACCCAUAUACAUAUAUAUAUAUAAAUAUAUACAUAUUAUAUAUAUAUAUAUACUUGUGAGUGGCAAAGUAGCCCCAAUAAAGCUUUUUGCCUUUUGUACAGGUGAGAUUUUUGUACAUAGUGUUUGCUGCAAGGCCUGUGGAAUUAAUUCAUUGAAAAUAAAGGUAUAAAACUGCUGCAUGUCCAGGCAUAUUAUAAAACUUUAGUCUAUGAAAGAAUAAUUAUAAUAAUGUCCAGGUGCAAUACUCUGUAUGUGUAUUGGUUCCAGUUCCUGGUGGAGAGAUGGGGAUGUGUUUUUCAGUUCAUUUGUUUUCUUUGAAAAGAUGUAAACAUAUAUUAAGCUAUGCUCGAGCCGCUGUAUAAUUCUCUUAAACUCUGCUAUAUCAUGACCGUGAUAGGAAGGAGAAAGGCCUGUUCCAGGAGGUGAUGGUGGCAGCAGAGAUAGAGUCCGUGGCGCCCAAAAGACGUCAUUCACCUGGGUGUCCACGAGAAAGCUUGUGUCCUUUUCACAGCUGGCUGGUUACAGCCUUUGAGACUAUUAAUAACGUUCAGUUCGAAUUUGUUCUUUUAAAAACUCAGGUGUAAUUAUUAUCUACUCUUAUGAUGCUUUCAAAUAUUAAAUAUUAUGCUAUAUCAGUCUAUGUGUAUCUGUUGGCAUACAGGUGAAGUAAUGGAGCAAGCAAACAUUAGAUUAAUUUAAUUUAUCUUCAAUGACUUUAUAUCCUGGGGAAAGACUAUCUUCUGGAGUUGGAGUUGGAGUACAAGCACAGAAACAUCUUAAUGGUUGCAUCAUCUCAUUUUUAGGAAGACAUGAUAAUACUGCCCAUAAAUUUUCAUGUGUCACUACUGCUGUCUGUAUUUUUCCUUCCCCACCACAUUUAGGUUGGGACAUCUAGACAAGAACUGGCCACCACACUGAGUGGCCUCGUCCCAGGGGCCUAAACUGCUAGGAAGGUGCCAUUUAUUUAUAGUGUUCUACCGAUGAUAAAAAAAAAAGCUAGAGGGCCUUCCUCUCCUAUGAUUGGAAAUUCUUUAGGGGUGUGGGGGAGAAAGAGUCUACAAAACCCCUCCCCCAGCCUCCAGCGGGCCUUCCCUGUGCCUUGCAGGGAAUUCAGUCCUCAUCAGCCUUGGGUUUUCACAACUAUCAAAGUAUCCCAUAGCAAAGUUUUCACCCCAACAGUCAAUAAAUUAAUCUUUAUUGGGUUUCCAUUAGUAAGUUUGUCUGUUACUUUGAGUGUUUAUUAUUUUAUUUUAUUCCUAAAAGAGAGAUUUCCUUAAAACAGACACACUGUUACACUUCUGCCCAUUCUUUCUCAUUUUUUCUAGUGACUAUGGAUCACUCUCUUCUCUCUUGUCUCUUCUCCCUCU